GGGAGGGGGGCUGCCACCCGCAGCCCGGGUGAAACGAGGAGGGGAGGUUCCCCUCCCCGAUCCCGAAAAGCAAAGGGAAAAGCGCCCGCCGCCGUGCCCGGGUUUCCAAGGCGCCCGUUCACCGCCGAGGUCGCGCCGAUCCGCAUGCGGGCGGCGGCCGGGGCGCGGAGCGGGGAGAAGACGCCGUUGGUGUCGCCGUGGGAUUUUUCCACUUUGAGACCUACCUGGACCAGUUGCUACGGAGCGGGCGGCGGCGAUGGGGAGGAGAGCAGCUCCCUCCGAAAGCGAGCAACAAAUGGCAGCGGGGGCGGCGGCGGAGCUGGCCGCGGCCAGGUGUGUUUUUAAGAAGAGUAAUGACCAUGAGGAAGUCCACAUGUUAGUCAAUUUUUACUAAUCCCACUGAAGAAAAUGAAGCCACACUUCAGCUUCGCCGAUCCUUUUCCCACCACUUUUGGCUGAAUGAGAAAUGGUCGUGUGAUUAUGCUGACAUCCCAGCAUGCAUUUGGUAGACCUGUGGUUAACUCGUUCCCUCUCCAUGUGUCUACUCUUACAAAGUUUUGUCCUCAUGAUACUGUGCUUUCAUUCUGCCAGUAUGUGCCCAAAAGGCUGCCUCUGUUCUCACUCUGGAGGUUUAAAUGUCAGCUGUAGCAAUGCAAACCUCAAGGAGAUACCCAGAGAUCUUCCACCAGAAACAGUCUUACUUUAUUUGGACUCCAAUCAGAUAACAUCUAUCCCCAAUGAAAUUUUUAAGGAUUUGCACCAACUGAGAGUCCUCAAUUUAUCGAAAAACGGGAUUGAAUUUAUAGAUGAACAUGCAUUUAAAGGGGUGGCAGAAACUUUGCAGACUCUGGAUUUGUCCGACAACAGGAUUCAAAGUGUGCACAAAAACGCUUUCAACAACUUAAAGGCCAGAGCCAGGAUUGCAAACAACCCAUGGCACUGCGACUGCACACUGCAGCAGGUAUUGAGGAGUAUGGCCGUCAACCAUGAGACGGCCAACAAUGUCAUCUGCAAGACCUCUGUGCUGGAUGAACACGCUGGGAGGCCAUUCCUCAAUGCUGCCAAUGAUGCUGACCUCUGUAACCUUCCCAAAAAGACUACCGAUUACGCCAUGCUGGUCACUAUGUUUGGCUGGUUCACCAUGGUGAUCUCAUAUGUGGUUUAUUACGUCCGGCAAAAUCAGGAGGAUGCAAGGAGGCACCUUGAAUACUUGAAAUCCCUGCCAAGCAGGCAAAAGAAACCAGAUGAAGCUGAUGACAUUAGCACUGUGGUAUAGUAUUCCGAAUACAAUGACUGCCUUUGCGAUGGAAAAUGGAUUCGGAUGACACCAACACCAGAGGUUUACUUCUAACAUUCAUUGUAAUCAUUAAGACUUUUUUUUUUUUUUUCCCCCCGUUUAACUGAAUUACGCCACUGUUGAGCUUUCUAACAGAGAGUUUUGUCUGGGCGGUAUACUCUAAUUGUUUCUCUGGAAUUCUAAAGCAAGUGAAUUAAUAUGUAAACCUUAGUUUAGACCCAUUCCACUAUUUAAUAAUGAAAUUUAUUUUUUUAAUUUAAAAAAGACAAAUAAAAGCGUAAAUUUGAACCAUGUAAAACAGAGUUAUUUAUUGAUCAGAAACCUGUCUGGUGCCAGGGCACUUUAGGAAAUGAUCAGUGCUUGUGAGGUGGAGAAUGAGAGCCAUGAUGAAAUGGGCUAUGAGAGGUACAACAGUAGAGAGUUCCCAAAAGGCACUUUUCCCCCCAUGAAGAGCUGGUGAAUGGCAGCUGAUUUUUGGGAUAGGAGAGGAACACAAUAUGGGGAUAGCAAAGUGCUCUGAGUUCAGGAGAAAGGCAUGGAAAAUUGUGUAGGAACCUGGAGGGUGUGUUGGAAGUGCUGGGGAGAAACCGAGAUGAAGGAGCAACAUUUGAGGAUACCAAUAAGAGGUAAGUGGGGAAAUGUGGACAGUUUUCAUCAUACACCCACAAGCUUCAAGUGGGUGUCCUGAGGACUGGAGAAGACAGCAGGAUGGCAAAAGCAAAUUUAGUCAUAGUGUUCAAACUGAACAACCGACAGUGAUGGGGAAAAAAAUAAAUAAAAUUAGUUUUUAAAAUCUGUAUAUGGCCUCACAAUUCUAAGUGGCAUCAUCUUUUUAAGAGGCUGAACAAAGGAAAUGAGGAUGUAGGCUGAGCAUGUUCUGUUGCAUGUUAGAAAAAUAUUUUUAUAUUAUCCUAUGGAUUAAUGCUUAACAAAGUAGCAAACUAAUGAUGUUAACUCAGCCUUGAGUAUAAAAUGGUUGUUUUGUAGCCCUGCUGUCUCCAGGAAUAUGAUAGUUUUCUUUUUUUCGCAAACGAAAGGAGCAAAUUCGCAACAUUUCUAUUGUUCUUUAUCAGCAUAAUGAAAUGAUGUUUAUUUCACAGUCCCUUUAGAUCCAGCCUAAGUUACACUGAAAUAUGGAUUGUAGCAGUGUGGAUUAAAAAGUGUAAAAAAUAUUGCUUUGGAAAAACAAGUUUUAAAGGACAGCCUUAAAUUUUUUUUUUUUUUAAAUCCAACAUAGUAUGUAGAUUGUUUCUGUUAAAACCAUAAUCUUUUAGAUUUUAGAGGCCACAUUCUUGUUUAUGUUUUUUCUUUCAGGAGCACUAUUAAAAAAAUAGCACUUUUAAAAUUUGUUACAAUAGGGACUUUUUUUUUUCUCCUUUUUUGAUUUUAUUUAUUUAUUUUUUCUGAGGAAAGCAAGUUGGUGGUUAUGCAUCUUGUUAAGUUUGCAUUUUAUAUGAUCCAUUUUUUAGAUUCUAUCUUAGCAAAUUUUCCACUGUUGCAGAAGUGCAUCCAGCUCUGUGUGACCUCUUGCAGGAGCCAAAAGCAGUUGGGGUAAAUACAAAUGUGAAUCUGAAAGGGUCAGAUAAGAUGUUGUACAGGCAGCAUACCAAACCUUGCCCAAUAGGACAUCUCUAUGCAAGGACACACACACACCUGUGAGGCCUGUGUAUAGGUGGAGCCAAGUUCAUUCCUUGAUAUAAUUCUCUUAUUUUCUGUAAAAUCGCCUUCAGGGUAAAAUUUGUGUUGUUUCUAUGUUUGUGCUGCUCAAGUGUUAUUUUGGGUGUAUUCAUUCUGGAAAAGGCAGGGGAACUAGCUAAAGGAAGAGAGUACACAGGAGGUGCUAACAUACUCUGAAACUCAGUGCUCUUUGCUCACAACUAAGUACAGGAAUUCCUCCAGAAAAUUUGGACAAAGUGACUUCAAUAGCAAUAUUUACAAAAUUCUUGAGAGCCUGCCACUUCUAGGUUUUGAAAUUUGUUUUCAAGCAGGGCUUAUUUAAAAUGUCAACAUACAGGGCUCUUCCCCCAGACUGACUGAGACAGCAAAAUAUUUUAGUUUUUCCAAUUUUUUCCACCCUUUUACAUGUUCCAGAAUGACAGUUCUGGACAGUACUGUUUUACACCAGUUGAGCUAAUGACUCCAGGAGUUAUAAAUCCUGACUGAAACCAAUUUAAACCCAGUUCAGCUGUACUCUGUAGAAUGGCUCAUAAAGGCUGGUUUCAUAUUAGUUCUCUGGGUGUAUUGAUUUUCUGUAGUAGAUUCCCCAUCAAACAUCUCUUCACAUAUUUUUCUCUUUUCUUUUAAAGCCAGUAGUGAAAUCUCUGUUAAAAAUCUAAGAAUCGACGUAGUGCUUUGACAGCCAGUAGAUGCAAACUCCUCAAGCUGAAUUUAGCUGAUGAUGGAAAAGAAUUAAAUCACUGUGCCUCAGGUAUGUGGACUCAGUAGUGCUGGUAUUCAUGACAACGCAAGUAUUUGAGUUACAUUUGUUUAUUUCAAUGAAAAGAAGCAGCAAAAGAGUAGGAAUUUUUAGACUAAGAAAUUUAUUUUUAUCAUGCUUAUGGCACACUUUCUGCCCAUAAUUUCUGUGUGCUCUUUGAAGUCAAUGGCAAAAACUUUUUAAGCUUUUUUUGGUGUGACAUUUUAAGGGGUUAUUUUCCAAAAUAGUUUAACUCAAAAUUGAGUAAGUCAGUAUGUUUCUAGCUGUGAUAUCUUAGCACAUAAAUACAGAUGAUAGGAACUGGAUGUUUCCAUAGUCACAGGAGAUUGUAUAUGACAGAAGAUAAAGAGGGAAAUGCAUAACACAGUGACUGAUAGAAAAAGCAGGGCUAGAGCUCAACAGCUUAAAUGUGACUGACUUUAGUUGACUUAAAAUAAAAAAAAAAUGUCCUGUUGUUUGUUUCUAAAUGGUUAAAGAUACGUCUCUCAGCUUGCUUAUUCUCCUUAAAAUGAAUUCUGAUUUUUCUCUGCUAAUUUUGUACUAUUACUAUGUUCUGUGGGUGAAGAACAAUGGUGCAUUUUGGCUGCAUUAUUUAGACUCAUAUUUUAUUCUAUAUGUUGUAUAUAUUUACUCAAUCUUUGUCUUAAUUCUGUUCUCAGUUUUAUGUGGAAUUAGAUAAAAAUACCUUCACCAUUAAAAUACAUUAUGUUUUAAGUGGCUUCUGUGAGGUAACAGCAAAAGGACAAGAGAUGGCCUUUAGUCACACAAGGGGAGGUUCAGGUUGGAUAUUAGGAAAAAUUUAUUCUCAGAAAGAGUGAUGGAGUGUUGGAACAGUCUGCUCAGGGAAAUGGCAGAGUUCCUGGAAAUGUUCAAAAGAUGUGUAGAUGUAGCACUGAGGGACAUGUUUUAGUGGCAUGGUGCUUAUAACUUCCAAAGUUAUUUUUUAUGUUCAAUGCCAAGCUGAUGGUUGGACUAGAUGAUCUUUGAGGUCUUUUCCAACCUUUGUGAUUCUUCAGUAGCAACAUUUUGCAUCAGCAUUCUCAUAACUUUCAAGGGCUGCCAUCCCUGCGGCAGUUUCCACUGAGUUCAGUGCUGCCAUGGAAAUCUCAUCAAGGGACAGAUUUUAUUCCAAGUAUGUCUGGAUGAGUCCAAAGCAGGAAGGAGGAAACAGACAGCAUUAGUAGUGGGUGGACAUAUUGACCAGUUCUUUUGAGGAGAAACAGUUUCCUGACAGGCAGAAGAUCUUUUAAUAUGCAUUGCUGAGGAGGGAGUGAUUUUCAGUUGCAGCAUCUCUUUUCUACAUACAUUGUUGUGAGUAUGCAGCUCUGAUACUUAUGCAGUUUUAUUAUACAUUCAGUGUUGGUCCUCGUGAUCCUCUCUGAAAGGGCAAACUAAUUACGUAGUAUUACAGUGCUACUGAGGCACUGCAAGUACACAUGCAGCAUACAGUGAUGGGAAGACCAGUGAGGAUAUGCAAGAGUUCUGUUCUAAUAAAGAGAUGCCAUGCAGAAUAUCCACCACAGUGUUUCUCAAUUUGAAAGGUUAAGUAAAAGGAUUAGUUGUAGACUAAAAUGCUUAAUGGUAUCAUGGAAUCUUGCAGCAUGUUUCUGUGUGAUGCUUAGUAACAAUAUAAAUCUAAAUCAAUUAAAAAGAGUGUCAUUCUACUUCUACACUUGGAAAAAGAAGCUAGCACUGCUGAACAGGAGUAAAUGAGACUCUUGGGAAUUAAAAACAUAGUCAUUAAAUUGUAGGAGUGCAAUCUGUAGGAGGAAGGUAGAAGUGAAGUGUAAAUUGUGGUACAGUUAGAUAUAAAGGCAAGGUAACAAAGAAAACAAUAAGCUACUUUUUUCUUCCAAGCACACCAGAAAUAGGAAUCGUGUCUUAGUAAGGGCCAAGAACUGAUCUGGUUAUUGAAGGAGCAGUUUGGGUAGCUUGGACAAAUGUUAUGGAAGAAGAUUUUCAACGAUAAACACCAGAAAUUGCUACAAGAGAAAUAGACCACCCAGCAGCAUAGUAGAACAGCGCUACAAACCACUGCAUAAAAUCUGUGAGAAAUCCACAUUUGGAGCACUGCUUUCAUUUCAAGUUCUUCUCAUUUCCAUAAAUCUGUCAUCUAGAACUACAGAAGAAAAAGGCAGUAAGAUCAUCAAGAAUAUGAGGUGGUUUCCACAGGAGGAGAGGUCAAAAACAGAGUCUCUACAGCAUGGAGUCAGAUGAGAGAGGAUGGGAUGGUAGAAUCACAGAAUUAUUAAGGUUGGAAAGAGCAAUAAAUCUAUCUAGUCCAACCAUCAACCUGGAGUAGAACACAAAAAAUAAUUUCAGAAGGAUUUAUCUCUGUUUCUUGCAACAGAAAUUACAGCAGUUAAAGAUUAAGGUGUUUUUUAAAAAACACGUGUUUUGUUACAGCACGUGCAUUUAAGUGAUAAAACACAGGACACUGCAGUGAAAAGAAACAAAUAUUCAAAGAUGGGAUUGUGGAAAGCGUGAUUUCUUCAAUGUGAUGGAGAAACACCUGGGCAUCUUUAGUAUUGAUUAAUGCACAAGUCAGUUAAUUUGAAGAGUGAAAACAACUAAUAAGCAUCAAAUUCAGACUGCAGAUGCCAUUCCAUGUUAACAUAUGAAAUAUGUGUUCUGUGCAUGUGAAAUAUAAUGCGAGUAUGCAUGCGUGCAGUUUAUCCAUAUGCCUCUCAAAUUCUUUCAUAUUUCCUUGUUUACACACGUAGAUAAAAUAUGAAGUCUUUUGGAUGUUUUCAUUGCCCUAUUUCCAUGAAGCAGGUUGCUUUGUUGAUUGGAGAUGUGAUUGGUACUGCUUCUGAGCCUCCUGUAGUCCCAACACCAGCUGCAGAGUACAAGAAAGAAAACGGGAUGAGUGGCAUGGCUCAUCAUCCUCCUCUCUUUCUAAAUCCUUAGUCGAACCCAUCGGUUACCAUAUAGAGCUACUACCAACCUUUGUGAACAAUCUUUUUUUUCUUUCUGGCUCACAGAAAGUGAUACAAUUUUCUAGAAAUAAAAAUGGAUAGGUGAAUGAUGUAAUGACUUUUAGCUCAGUCCUGUUUGUAAAGGCUGGAGAGUGGAAACAUGACUAAUAUCCCUGGAUCUGUUCUCCCUUCUGCACUUAUUAAUGAGUAGGUUUUUGGCACUGCAGUGUGUUUGGCCAUGUUUUUCUCCUAGGAGAUAUCUACGCCCCUUGAAGGAGUUUUCUUUAGAUGGCUGUGAAGUUGAAUACAGCUGCUAAAGCCAGCAUAAUCUCGGGAAUGAAAAAUGGAUCGUUUUAAGCUUUCACUACUGGAGGGAAACUUGAGAAACAGACAAUUAUUUGUGAAUUCAAACAUCUGUAUCAUUCUUUGUGCUGCUUUAGGUUUCAAACAUUCAUUUUGACUGGUUCUGUGGGGCAGUUUGCUUGCAGAAUUUAUAAAGAGAGAGCAAUUUCCAAAGUCUGUUAGUGGCAGAUUAAACUGGCCACUGAGGUAGAAAAAAAAAAUCCAUAUGUUAAACAAUCUGUUUAAAUAUCUAUAUCCCUUGUAAUUAUUAGUCUUUGUCUCAUAAUCAUAAUCACUAGCCUUUUUAAGGCUCCCUCUUCAUUUACAAAAAAAUAGAUCUUCAAAUGCAAACCUAAUCUAUCAGUGUUAAAAAGGCAAAGGAAUUUUAACAUAUUAGUUAAAUUUUGUCUUCACUAUGGUCUAUUUGUAUGUUUCUGUUCAUAGAAAUUUAGGAAAUAUUAUAAUAUGUAAAAUUAUAAUUUUCCUUACAUAGGUAUGACCAUGAAACUUUGCUCCUUUUUAGAUGACUCUAAAAGUUUUUAAUAUAAAGAAGCAAAGAGAAAUCUAGGAAUGAAAAAAAAAAACCUCCAGAAUUUUCAAAUCUUCUUCAUAGAUCAAAGUUCAACAAAGUUAAAAAGAAAAACAAAUAAACUAACACCCAUUCUUGUUUCUUCCUCUGGGGAUUAGCUUUGUGCUCAACACUGCAUUUCAUGGUUUACCAAUUUUUCAUUUCUCUACCUUAGCCAGAUUAACAUUUGCUUUCUGCAAAGACUCUUACAAAUGGAGCUGUCAGCAGCAGAGAAGAUGGGAGCAUAUCACAUUGGCUGAAGGAAGAACUGUGAGUGUAACAAGCUCUAGAUGAUACUUCUGUGCCCUGUUAAUUAAAUUUAGUGGCCAAAGAAAAGAACUGCUGAAUUAAGAUUCUUCUGGAGAGAUUUCAGGUUGUCAGGUAGAUACUGUUUGUAUUCUUAAUGUGGGUGUGUGAGGGGCAACCCACACAUCUUUUUGCUACCUUAUUUCAGGAGCUACAGGCAGACUUGUUUGCUGUUACAGAAUACAAAACCUCCUACCCUUAUCCAGGUGCAGUCACUGUUGUUUAGUACAACCGUUGUUACUGUAUAAUGUUUUAAAGUACCUUUCAUAAAUCUUUACAUUUAAAUUUACAUUCCCAGCCUAACUUGAUAUAGAGUUUUCUUUAUCUGCAGACUUCUUUCCCAAAUCCAGGAACACACUCUGGAUUGUAAGUUAGCAGUUUUGACAUUGCCUUCAGUGGGAUCAGUAUUUCUCCAAUAAAUGUUUAUUGAUAGAGAGCGCAAGGAGUGAUUAUACUUCAGGUGUUAAUGUGGAUUUACCUCUAAAUAAUGGUAUCACGCCAUUUUGCAGUGAUGCACCUUCAGACUUUGUAGUGACAAUGAGGGACCACCUUAAGCUGGUGGUCAAUAGCAAUGUCAGUUUUCUUUGCUUUGUAUUGCUUGUGUGAUAAAAUACAGACUGUACCAUUUUGUACCUGGCUGUACGUAGGCCUCUCUGGAAUCCGGAAGUGAAUGGAUACGGUAAUGGUCCUUUUCAGCCUAUAAAAAAAUGAUGGUAUUAAAGCAGGUUGGCUGCAGGUUAUUGGCUUCCAGUAAUGUGUUCAGUCAGCAUCAGUCACAAAGUUACUUUUUAGCAAAAUCGCUAGAGUCAGCAGGCUGCUGGAAAAUAACUACCAUUAUUGGUUAAAUGCUUGUAUUCCAGUAUUUUUCCUCAAUUACUGCUGUUCUGCACCAUUGUGUCCUCCAUGAACAGCAUUAUGGAGGUGAGCAGAAAGUUAUCUUGGAAGAAACAAGCUCUGAAUUUUCUGGCUCUCCUGAGGGCAUGGAAGAAAGGUCUUUCAUGGAAAUUACCUCAAUUAGAAAUACGGUAGUACAUAAUUGUGGACCUGAGGAGACCUGACAUGCAUUUCAUUUCUGACCUCUGACAGCCUCAGUAAAUAGAGGCCAGGCUUAACAGAGAGAACAGAUCAUUUGGGCUGAGAAAAGUGAGUCUUUCAGAGCUGAGCUAUGCUGAAAACCCACAGAGAUGCAAUGAUUAAAUACACUUUACAUUUGGAAAAUCCUGCAGGUAAGUCUUUAUACAGUGCUGUAGUGCUUUCCCUUCUGAUGCCAGUAGAUUUUUUAUAACAUACCAUUGUGUGGCAGUUUGCUGUAGCUGAUAGAGGUGUAUAUGGGUGGUGACUGAGCACAUGUUCUGUGAGCACUAGGUGUUUGGCAGCAUGCAUUUUCUGCUGCAGAUGUUGAAUGAAGCAUAAUAAAGAAGAAUCUUUUAAGUAUGAACUGAAAAUGUGCCCAUGAAAGAUGUGGCAUGAUCUAGCUGAGGAAUUGGAGAGUGGGCCAGUGGCACCUGUCACUGCAAGCCUGGUGAAGCUGUUUGUGAUGGAGUUGGUUUGAAACACCAACUCUUUAGCCGGGUUGUGCAGAACUGCUUUGGAUCAAGACUACGUACUUCAGCUCUUCCAGCCUCCUGUCUGACACGUGUGUGUACUUGGAUGGGCACAGCAUCAUCUGACUCAGCUGGUUGCUGCUGGUAGGAGAGUGGGAAUCAAAAUGCCUUGCAUUUGAAUUAGUCGUAUGCAGCCUGGGUGGUAGCAAUGUCCCAGGGAAGCUAUCCACAAGCGUGUAGGUGUGGAUGGGGAGAGGGACAGUGUGUUCACCAUGACUGUGCUACUCCAGUAUUGAUGCAAAAGGUUCCUGAUUAUUUUAAAAGUCUUCUGUUUUCUUAGUGGCCUAACACUGGAACUUUUUCUGUAAAAAUGAAAGCACAGUAAUUAAAUGAUUACUUAUCACUUCCAUAGCAAAGACACACUUAAUUGCUGCAUGUUCUGUGUCAUGUCUGAGCCUGCCAAGCUGCUUUUGCUUGGGGCCACUUCCUCAGGGCAAGGAGUCAGCCAUAUCCUCCAUGCCCAAAGCUGGGGCACCUGCCUCUGAGCAACUUAGUAUGUCUGACAGUUGCACUUUGCCACUUUAAUGGCAAAGUGGGCAUGGCAACCUAUGUGCUUGUUUGUCAGACAUUGUGUUUCCAUGCAUAGACUUCAUCUUCUAUGAGAAUGGAGUGGUCACGUAGUGGGCAGGGUCAGGAGUGAUGGGAAUGUGAUCCCUGUGCUUGGGAGAGAGGAGCAGCUGGUAUGGAUGAAGGAUCUGAAUAGAUGGAAGAGGUUAGGAGAAUUUCUGGAAAAGUCAGGACAGCUCUGUAACCCGAUAGUGUGCAAACAGGAGAAGUCCAGCUGUCUGCAGAGGGGGAAGGAAUACCUGGUAAGGAUGCUCUGUGUGAGGAUUUUUCAUUCAGAGAGCGUUGCUGAUGCUGUGGCUUGUUUUCUACUUUCCAUAACACCACUGCCAUUGUUUCUGUUUGUGCUGGGUAGGGAGGGAUACCAGGAUGCUCAUGCUCCCCAGUCUCACCUGUCCUAGCUAAGAAGUUUCUCUUCAGCGGCAUGCUCUGGGGCCUCCUUGGAAUGGGAACCUGGGUCAGAAGGAUAUAUUCUUCUGCCAGACCUGCUUACAGCCACUGCAAGGCUGGAUCCCAAUAAGCAGACUGGUGGGGAUGAUGUGCUAGCCUCCGUGGUGGCUGCUAAGUCAGUUAAACCCAGCUACAUUGCCACCGCGGCCACUUGGCUGAGACUUGGCUCUUUCCUGCCUGACCCCCAUCUACUCUGAAGAAGAGAGAUAUUUCUCUUUCCAGGCAGUAAAUUGUAAAUAAUGUCCCUGCUCUGCUCUCCCACAUAAGGGCAUUUAAACCAGCUAUACCUGUCUUUGGAAAUACAGAGAUGAUGUAGUGAAGGAGGGAACAGGCUAUACAAAUCAAAUCAUCCCUUUCAUGCUUCUCCCUUCUUUAGCUUUUCUUUUAAAAAGGGAGACUACCUGCCCUUACUGUGCUGCUUUUUUGGAUGUAAGGAAAAAGAGUAGAGGGUCAGAUUCUUAUGUACAGAAUUUUAAAGUAUUUCCACUAAAAUCAAAGGUGCUAUUCUCAUUUAUCAUGGGGAAAGUCAUCAUAAAAGACAUAUUUCUAACUGCUAGCAUCUUCACCAAGCAUGAAGGAAAGAAGGCUGAGGUAAUCUGGGGGGAAUAUUUGGCUCAGCUGGUUUGAAGCUUUUGUUCCUACUUCAGUUGUACUUAUGAAUUCUUGUUAGGGGAAAAGAUACUGAUACUAGAGCUUGAGUUGGCACAAGCUUCUUUCGGCAUAAACUUUAACAAUCAGCUAAAUAGAAAAAGAAUAGAGACAUGUGCUUCCCCUCAAAUGAUGAGAGCUUCAAGGCUUGGUAGAUAACAAAGAGAAUCUCAUUAUAAUUAUGAUCUCCAGUGAAUACUGAAAAGUCUUAGAAUUUUACCAGUCAUUAGAAGGAUAAGGAGCACCUAUGUGAAGUGUUUUUCCAACUUAAAGGCAGCAGUGCUCCUGCAUUGUAGUCCAAAGGCUAUGGAGGCCAACAGGAAUUUUGUAAGUUGUUUUUUUUUUUUUUUCCCCUAGAGGAAUCAUUACAAUAUUAAAAAUGUCAUUUGCACUGCAAGGCCAAUUAAGCAAGGUUAGUAUGAGUUAGUUAUAAUCUAAGUAGAAAGUACUAGGGUCAAAUAAAAGUCCCAAGUCUCUACUCCUUCUUGUAAAAGCAUGAUUGCAUACUGCAAUGACAGAGGCACAGUGAGAAGUCUAUUAGUAUUAUGUAUUAUUAUAUUAUGUAUAUAGUAAUAUGCCUAUUAGUAUGGUCUAUUAUGACCAUAGUAGUUUUGCUAUUUAUUUCCCCUUUGGAAAUCUGGCAGUGGAAUAAUUAAUCUACCUGAAUAUACAUACAUAUAUGUUUGCAUGUGUGUGAAUAGUAUUGUACUUGGCAGGGUGAAUGGUAUCUUGUUAAUGCAAAAUGACUUGUACUGAACUGUAUUUUCUGAUAUUUUUCUCCCAGUUUCUUACUCUCUCACCCCUUCCUAGCAUGUUACAGCUAAAUCUUCCCUGAAAAUGUUUUACAAUUGAUGUUAACUGUUAGUAAACAGGGUCUGAUUAGCAAGCUUCUAAAAUACUGUGCCUUUCAUGCUAAAAGGCAAAUGUUUUUCGGUUGACUGAGGACAUACCUCCCUAGCCUUCUAAUAGUGCCUUACUAAUCUAAUAUGAUUUAAAAGAAUUACACAACUUUAAAAUGUAAGUAUCGGGCUUUGGCUUAACUUAAAAACUGCACUUCUGAACCAGAGGUGAAUUAUCACCAGUGAUUACAACCCCGAUAUUAUGUCUUUUGCUCCUAUGAGGAAUUUACAGAGGAACAGUUUACAAGCAAUCAUUCUGCAUUUAAAACUGACCUUGUUUUGCAGGCAUACAUAACUUCUUUAAGUUACAGUUAUCAACUCUACCCAUGAUCCUUAUCAUUGUCAAGGAAAUGAGAAUUUCUCCAGGGCUGUUAUCACUAUAAUUCCAUGAAAUAUAAUCAAGGACUGUAAAUAUAUGCCAUUGUCACCUGCUGCCUGCCUCUCCCUGGACCUUAUCAUUCUCAAACGGGGUUGUGGAUGUGAUAGCUGUCUGCUGGGGUGCGUGAUGUUAACAAGGACUGUGAAUAUCUAGAUGAAAUACAGGACUGUUGCUCCACUUUUAGACAAAUGUACCUUGGUAAAGGUCACCCGCAAAGGAAAAGAUGUAUGAAGGAUGCCUGGAGAGGUGUUCAGGAAACAGAUGGCUCAGUUUUAUUUUCCUUCUCCCUUGCCUGUUUUUCACUUUUGAAAUUGAAGAACUGCAAAAGUUUACAGUGUCUCGAGAAAUAGUGAAGUGGUAAAUUGCCACAGCCAACUGAGAUGAUGUUAAAUAAGAGACUGGAAAAGGUUUUUAAUUCAAACUAUGAUAGCACGUAAUUCUUCUCAGUGACUAAUUAACAUCAGAUAAAAGAGAUCUUAAAAUUUUUAAUAACAAUUGUGCUUCUUCAGGGAGAUGGAAGAACUCAAAAUAAAUAUCCUUUAUGAGGGAUGGGAAAGACUGAAAGACUACACUCAAGAUAUUUCAGAUAAGUCUAAGCUAAAAGUAAGAUAAAAGAAGGAAGAUUUUAGCUUUAUACAAUUCAUCCAUUCUCUAUACAACAGCCGUAAUUUAUCCACCAAAUAGAUGAGGGAGACAAGCUCCAUCCAUACAUAAUACAUAUGUUCUCUCAUAUCAGCUACAGUGGAAGAAAUAUUUGGUGCACAGGCUUCAUCUGCUGCUUUAAUUUUUUUUUUAAUUUCCCAAAGUUCCGAGUGGAUCUGUGUUCCAGCUCUAAGUAUCUGAAUUAAGGCCAGAUUUACAAAGUCUCAAGCAAGAAUUUGAUUAAGAUUUUAUAAAUCUGGCCUUAAUGAGGAGACUCAGAGCUGGAUUAUUCAGAUUGUUCUGGAAGUCAGUGGGAUUAACAACUUGUCUUGAGAAAUGUUGCUUUACUAUCUUCGUAAUAAUGAUCCUAAAUUUAGAAAUGUCUGUUAAUGAAGAAAGUAAAAGACAGAAACCAAAGCAGCAUUCUUUUAAAUAAUAAAAGCAAGUCUUCAUUUCAAAAGUGCGGAAUAGCCUGGAAGAGUGAAGCCAACCCCAGGGUACUUUCUAUGGGCGCUGCACCCAGGAGCUACAGCAGUCACAGUUACUGAGUGAACUUUAUGGAGAUAUUCCUGUCAGUGGACAGGAAUUGAGCAGCUAAGAGCCGCUUUUUCUAGCUAUAAGUGGGGCAAAGGCAAUGUGCAGGGCCACACAAAGGCAGUCUGCCAGCCAGUGUGGUGGGUCAUCAACCUGGUCAUCAGCAAGAGCACAUGUUGCUUCUGCCUCACUGUCUGGACCCCCAUCAUGCAUGGGGCUGGUACAGUGCUCAAGUAUUUAUUCUCUUGGAUCACCGGUGCCAGGGUGUUUGUGUCAAACACUUCUUCCCUUUUCACUUCAGUUUGUUUUUUCCUGUGUUGCUGAAAGCAAGAUUGGAUCUUGUAGAUAGAGUACAGAGCAAUGACAAAACCCAGCAGGGGCUGAGGUGUUGGGAGUGCUCUGAAGAUACGUGCAAAUCCAAGCUCUGCAGAACGGUCUUCUUCAUCUAUUCAUUCAAAUCCACAAUGAGGAUGUUGUUUUCUAAAUGAGAUGUGGUAAAUACAUCUUCAAUGCAUGUGAUUAAAAGAAGCUGCAACAUUGUGAGAACAAGACCUAACAAGACCUACCCUCUAGAAGGUAAGCAGCUUGUUAACGUCCACUUUUAAGGAGAGGACAUUGCUUUUUGAUUGUAUUUUCAAGGACUGUCUCCAGCCUGUCUCUACAUUUGCUUGAAUGUCUCAACAAGGGUUAAAGGUUCAGAGUAUUUGGAUACUUGGCCACUCAUUGCAACCACAGGUCUUGGUGUCAAAUCAUAACUUAAUGGAGUCUGAAUUAACCAGCUGGCAAGGAAUAUUUAGCUUUAGAAAUAUGUCACAUACUGAAGUGCUUCCAUUUUGUGUAUCACAUUCGUCAUGAAGAUAAAUUUGUCUAUCUGCAUGCUCUUCAAAAGCAGCUAAUGACAGAAUGGCUUGUUUGUUCUGAGACAAACCUUCUGAGGCUUGUUGGCGUACACUGUAUGAUUCUCCUAUUUCACCUUCCUCUUGUGUUUGCAGUUAUCAUGGGAAAAAAAGAUUGGAGUAUAGGCUUUCUUUUGUUUUCCCACAACAGAAUCUUAAGACGAACUAUGUUUACAUAGUCCCCUAAUGUAAUCCCUUAUCUAAACUCUUUUCCCUCAGCUCAAACCUAUGAAUAUUGGGAACAUCUAUGAAGGUACUCCACUGCUGGCAACAGCUGUUCAUCUGAGCAAAGCAAGUGCAAACCUUUACAUAAAAGAGAAUGCAAUAUGUCCUUGAUCAUCUCCCAUGCACUUAAGUUAAUGCAAAGAUUUCCAUUUAGUUCACUGGUUUUGAAUUAAGUUGUCAAAAUCUUUCACUUUUCUAAGUCUUCAAGUAUGUUCACACUUUCUCUCCCUUGUUAGCGUGCCUAUUCUAGAAGUGGGAAGGUACUGUCAUUUCUUAAACUUGGGGAUAUAACUGAGAAGAAAAAAAAAUAGUGAAAAAAAAAAAAACCAGCAGACAGACAAGCUUUUGCAAACUGCAAAAGCAGCAGAAAUUGUUGUUUGUUUGUCUCCCAAUUAUGUCAACUGGCCUACAAAAACAUGUCAGCUCUUCCCACAUACCUUGCCACAGGCCUUAUAUCAUCACAUCUGAAACAAUGCUAUAGUUGUUUAAAAAAAUGCAGUGUUUUCAGCUUUUGAGAGCAAAUAGUAUUCAUCAUGAUCUCAGCAAUGAUAUCGGCAGUGUGGAGCACUGUUAACUAAUCAAGUUCUUGUUUUAAAACGUCUCAAAGCAACGCUAACUCUGCUGGCUACUUUGCCAGGUAAACUUGUUGUAGUCCAGUGUCAAUAUUGAAGACAGUUAUUUUCUGUCAAAAUGGAGAACACACAGACUGAUAAAUAUGAAAUAAGUGGGACUUCAAACAAUCUGACUGCGAUGUUUUUUCACAAAAUGGUCAGAAAAAUUUUUCCCUUUAUUAACCAAGCAUGUUUGCACAGAUUUGCUGAUAGAUGGUGCACUGCUGCAGACUUGCUCUGCAAUCUUGAUACUGCGGAGUCUUAAACGCACCUGCCUCUAGCAGGAGAGAAACAAACACACUACUGUGAGGCUUCCCAAGCGUUUCUAUGCCUCUAUUUGAUCUUCAGCCCAUCCCCCAUAUGCUUACAAAGUUAAAAGCUUAUGUACUUUGUAUUCAUAGUCUGUACUUGGCACUAGUGAGGCCACAACUCAACUGCUGUGUUUUGGUCCCCUGGCUGCAACAAAGCUGUGAAGGAUCUGGAGCACAAGUCUUAAAGGGAGCAACUAAGUGAACUAGGAUUGUUCAAUCUGGAGGAGGCUCAGGGGAGACCUGAUAGUUCUCUAUAACUGUCUGAUAGGAGGUUGUGGCGAGGUGGGGAUUGGCCACUUCUUCCAGGGAACAGUGAUAGGAUGGGAGGGAAUGGCCUCAAGUUGCAUCACAGGAGGUUCAGAUUGGCUGUUAUGAAACAUUUCUUCUCAGAAAAGUGGUGAGGCACUGGAACUGCCAGGGAGGUAGUUCCCCUUGGCAGGGAGGCUGCCCAGGGAGGUAGUAGAGUCACUGCCCCUGGAGGUCUUCAAGAAAUGCCUAUGUGUAGAACUGAGGGACAUAAUUUAGGGGUAUGGUGGUGAUGAGCAAGAUGAUCUUAGAGGUCUUUUCCAAGCUUUAUUAUUUUAUGAUUUCCAUCAAGAAGCAAGAAGAUUCUUGUGAAAAGAAGGCAGACUAUACUCAUGCAUGUAUGUACUCUCUCAUUUUAGACAAGAGUUGAACAAAGUGCUAUAUUAAUAGGGUCUAGUACAAGAAACUGUGGUGACAAAACAUGUGUCUAGCUUAGUGGUUUCAGAAAUGCAUAAAACGCUUAAAUACAAAUAAUCAAAGCAUCAAUAUAUUUUUUCUGCACAUCAGACUUUUCUCCUGACUUGGCACCAUCCUGUGAGAUUUGCAGUGACAGCUGAUACACACUUGGUGGAUGACAAUUAGUUGGGUUACAGAUAGGGUCAGUAGAGUAUUUCAGGUAAAAAUCGAAAACAUUUUAGAAAUCCUUAGAACAUUUCUGGACAAGACCAACCAAAGGAGAAAUAUUACAAGAAACGUUAUUAUUGUGUUUUCCUGUUAAGUGGUGUUUCACGAUGAUGCAGCAAAAAAAUCAAUAUGGUGUCAAGUUUCCGCUUGGCUCUUAAUAGAGAUUUCCAGGCACUUGAGGAGAGCUCAUUCAAAAUGAUGUGGAAAAAAAUAUAUAUCUGCAUUUUCUUUUUCUGAAGAAGCUUAUGUUCCAGAUAGUUCUGACCAGUUCUGAAAUUUGCUUGUUUUGUUUUUUGUUUUUUUUUUUCCCUUCCCUUCUGCUUGUAGAAAACAGUAUGUAUGUUACUCCUCUACUCUUUUGAUAAAUUAUCUUAUAACCUAAAGGCAUGCAUGUCAGUUUUAUUUCACUUUAGUCUAUUCAACUGCAAAUAAUGAAUCAAAGCUGUUGGUUUAAUUGGUUUAAAAAUUUGCUGGCUUCCAUUUAAAGCCAGUUAACCACAAUGCUUCCAUAACGCUUUCUGGCUAAGCUAAUCCUUUAGAAAUAAUACACCCAUACAGCUUUCAUUUGUCUUCAGGAAAGCUGAAAUUCUGUUUUGUGAGUACACGUUUUCAAAACUAUUAAAAGUUUGGAUUAAACUGUGUGAUUUUUGUGCUAUCAAGUUAGCUUGGACAGAAUUAUUGUAACAGAAAACAGAGCAUUUUCUACCAUUUAUCAUUCCUCCAUUGUGUUAAAGUACGCCAUUCUGAAAUGGUUCACAGAAGGAAGCUCACCUUUGAAUGUGCAAAAUGGAUGCAAUGACCCAGAAAGGCACCUGAGGAGUUGAGUCUGCUACAGCAUUUUGCAUUUAGCUACUCUGGGAUAAAACCACUUCUGGAUGCAUUUAUCCUCAUGAGGCAUGGAGUCUCAGCAAUCAAACGAGACUACUUAAGUGGGACUCGUAGUCACAGGGGGGUGAAAUCUGCGCAGCACUAUGAAAGUUCACAGCACUACAGUGAUUUGCAACAACAAGGGCAUCUCCCUCUCUGUAAUGGCAAGGGUAAUGUUGAGCUUGGCUUCCUGAAACAUAACAGCAUCAUAAGGAAACAGCCCAGUCUCAGGUCUCCAAGAAUGAAGUUACUCCUUCAGUCACUCAGAACAGUUAAGUUGAAUUGCACAAAACAUAUGUUGCUUGCAUAAGAUGCAUUUAGGGUGAAAACUCUGCUUUUAAUUAUAGACCGUUGCACAAAAUGUCAGCGAUUAAACCACAGAUUUAGCAGUAUUCUUGGCUAGCAUGAGAGGCAGAAAGCAUGCUUCUCCUCCUGUUUACUCCUUUUCGAGCUGAAUUUCUCAUGCUUUAUGAAACAUUUUUAUUCAAGUGAAAAAAAAAAAAAAAUCUACCAAAAGAGAAAACUAGUAUUGCUUCAUCUAUUCUCUCUCGAGGUUUCACAAUAGUGAAAUUGGCCAGGAUGGGAUUCAAAAGCAGCUAAGCAGUUCAGUGUUGAAACAGAAUAAAACUGAGAUCUAAUAUCUCAUUUCAAAGCAAAAGAAAUGAAAUUCAAAUUUAGAUCAUCUGAAAUGGACUUUCAGUGUCCUUUUGUCUGCAGAUUGACACGGAAUGUCUCUCCUUUAAAAUCAGCAGUUGCCUCUGAUAAGCAGUUUUACUUCAGCAAUAUCAGCCUGGGAUAAUUAUAUCCAAGGAAAAAAAAAAAAAAAAAAAAAACCAAA